UAUAAUAUAAUAUAUAUUAAUGGACGCUAGCUGUAGUUUUAUCAUGCAAUGAUCUUUGAAUAUCAGCGUUGAAAAUACAUGAGUAAUUCAGUAAUGCAUAUGAUAGAAAAAUGAUGUUCAUUUUUCAUUCCAGAUAAAAAAAAGCCUGGUUUUGAAGUCUUCAGGAAAACUUACUCAGAAGAGAUUAUGGGUUAAAUAAAAAUGGUCAUAUGACUUCGUGGAUUAUAUAUCUUGGAUGUUUGCUGUUGGUACCAUAUGCCAAGGCAUACGAAGACAGGCACAGAAGAAUUGGACAAGGAACAUUCGUCAAGAGGGAAAUUACUAGUAAUCAUAGGACGAAAUCUUUAACAAAGGAUGAAGGAAGGAGUAAAGAGCAUCAAAUCUCACUAACAAAUAAACAAGAAAGAAUAAACGAACCAUAUAAUUAUAGUUCACUCUUCGAUAAAAAUGAAUCACGAAAAAGAAGCAAAACUAACAAAUGGAGUAACAAAGAAGACAACACUAAGAAGACGUCUCAGUCUUUGCAUUUGCGAGGAAAUAAUCUGACCAGAACUAAGAAUGGCGAAAGUCGAUCAAACUUAAAUAAAUUUAGAAACACUAGCAUCUAUAAUCAAAGAAUGAGCCCUUAUUAUGAGAAGAAAAUAAGUGAAUUUGGAAAGGCAGGGACGAAGCGCCAGGAAGUUUUAGGUGAAAACAAAAUGGACCUGGUUUUUGUUGUUGGCGGGUCAAAAGAUGAAAAUUUUGACAUAUCAGGUCAUUAUAAAAUGUGUCUGAGAUUGGCGGAAGAUAUCGCUGAGAAAUAUGACAUCGAAAAAGAUAAAGUUAGAGUUGCUUUAGUAACUUACGGCGCUCUGUCCAAAAUGACGUUUGAUUUACAGGAUUACUCUGACAAAGAACUAUUAAAGGAUGCUUUUUUAAAGGCAGAGUACCCAGGCGCAGGAACUGAAACUGCCCAAGCUUUAGAUAUGGUGAGGUCAUCUGUAUUGCCCACAGGUCGUGAAGGACGUAUAGCUAAGGUAGUUGUUCUGAUAACUGCUGGAGUAUCACAAGACAACGCUGCUAUUACAGCGCAACAAUUGAAAGACACUGGUAUCGAGAUAUAUACAGUUGGAAUAGGACCAGAAGUAGAUCGACGUCAGUUAGAGUCGAUUGCAUCAGACCCAAAAGAAGAACACGUUUUUGUCACGGCAUUUGAAGAUGUACCAUCAGUAGCAGGGCCAUUGUCCUACACCCUUAGUAAAGUAAAAUACACGGGGAUGCAGUUUGAUGAAGGAAUCAACAGACCGAAUAUUCCCCAACAAGAGACAAGUAAUCAAAGUUAUGUUUAUGGUAAUAAUGGUUACGGAGGAACAGGGGGAGGACAAUAUUCAAGUGGUAGUUGGAGGGCUGGGGGUUCUUCCAGUGAUGCUGCAAACACAGGAGGGGGAAGUUGGGGAGGAAGCGCUGGUGCAGGUAAUGCUGGAGGUUAUGGAGGGGGAGGAGCAGCUGGAGGUGGGGCAGCUGGAGGAGGGGUUGCUGGAGGAGGGGCAGCCGGGGGAGCUCUGGGAGGGGCAGCUGGAGGAGGGGCAGCUGGAGGAGGGGCCGCUGGAGGAGGGGCAGCUGGAGGAGGGGCAGCUGGAGGAGGACUGGGAGGGGCAGCUGGAGGAGCAGCUGGUGGAGGACUAGGAGGGGCAGCUGGUGGAGCAGCUGGUGGAGGACUGGGAGGGGCAGCUGGUGGAGGUGCAGCCGGUGGAGGACUGGGAGGGGCAGCUGGUGGAGGACUGGGAGGGGCAGCUGGUGGAGGUGCAGCAGGUGGAGGACUGGGAGGGGCAGCUGGAGGAGCAGCUGGUGGAGGUGCAGCUGGUGGAGGACUGGGAGGGGCAGCUGGUGGAGCUGGUGGAGGUGCAGCUGGUGGAGGACUGGGAGGGGCAGCUGGUGGAGGUGCAGCAGGCGGAGGACUGGGAGGGGCAGCUGGAGGAGCAGCCGGCGGAGGACUGGGAGGGGCAGCUGGAGGAGCAGCUGGUGGAGGUGCAGCUGGUGGAGGACUGGGAGGGGCAGCUGGUGGAGGUGCAGCAGGUGGAGGACUGGGGGGGGCAGCUGGUGGAGGUGCAGCCGGUGGAGGACUGGGAGGGGCAGCUGGAGGAGGUGCAGCCGGUGGAGGUGCAGCAGGUGGAGGACUGGGAGGGGCAGCUGGUGGAGGUGCAGCCGGAGGAGGACUGGGAGGGGCAGCUGGUGGAGGUGCAGCCGGUGGAGGACUGGGAGGGGCAGCUGGAGGAGGUGGAGGACUGGGAGGGGCAGCUGGUGGAGGUGCAGCAGGUGGAGGACUGGGAGGGGCAGCUGGAGGAGGUCUUGGAGGAAAAGCUGGUGGAGGAUCUGGGGGAGCAGCUGGUGGGGGUCUUGGAGGAAAAGCUGGUGGAGGUCCUGGGGGAGCAGCUGGUGGAGGUCUUGGAGGAAAAGCUGGUGGAGGUCCUGGGGAGCAGCUGGUGGGGGUCUUGGAGGAAAAGCUGGUGGAGGUCCUGGGGGAGCAGCUGGUGGAGGUCUUGGAGGAAAAGCUGGUGGAGGUCCUGGGGGAGCAGCUGGUGGAGGUCCUGGGGGAGCAGCUGGUGGAGGUCUUGGAGGAAAAGCUGGUGGAGGACCUGGGGGAGCAGCUGGUGGGGGUUGGAGGAAAGCUGGUGGAGGUCCUGGGGGAGCAGCUGGUGGGGGUCUUGGAGGAAAAGCUGGUGGAGGACCUGGGGGAGCAGCUGGUGGGGGUCUUGGAGGAAAAGCUGGUGGAGGACCUGGGGGAGCAGCUGGUGGAGGACCUGGGGGAGCAGCUGGUGGAGGACCUGGGGGAGCCGCUGGUGGAGGACCUGGGGGAGCAGCUGGCUGGUGGAGGACCUGGUGGAGGUCCUGGGGGAGCAGCUGGUGGAGGACCUGGGGGAGCCGCUGGUGGAGGACCUGGGGGAGCAGCUGGUGGAGGUCCUGGGGGAAAACCUCCUAUAGUGCUUGGAGGAACACUUGGAGCUUUGGCUGCAUUAUCAGCUUUAUUCGGACCUAAUGCUGGAGGAAUGCUUGGAGGAGCUCAUCAAAAACUUUUACAACCUAUUAAUACUGGAGGUAAAGGUCCUCAGGCAUUCCUUGCACCACCAUCUCUUGCUAAAGCUCUAGCAGGAUCAGUAUGGUCACCAGCAGCAAGAAUACCUUGGGAUAAAUCUAAAUCUGUACCAUAUGCAGCACUAGCAUACGGACCUCUUUGGGAGGCAUCCCUAAGAAAUGCCCCUGGAAUGGGACCAGCCCAUGGGCCCAGUCAUGGUCCAAUGCUUGGUAAUCCUUUACCGGUCCAAGGACAUCGUGGCUAUCCACUUGUAGUAAUGCCUCAUGGUCCAGAGCAUACAGCAAAUGUGUUUAUGAACCUCGGGCAAAACCAUGGUUGGAUGGGAAUGCCUGCAAUCAGACCUAACGCGCAUGGGCCAGUACAUGCACCAAACAUCUUCACAGAUUUCCACACACUCAGAAACACCUUCGAUGCUCUAUAUCCAGGUAUCCAUGCACACGGUUACGCACCAGUAGACUGGAAACUGAACGCUAUGAUACCACGUGUCCCAUAUUCCCCGCUGCCAAAUCUAGUACCAGGACCUUCAUUUGUUACUCAUCACACAAAGGUAUCUACGUCAACAGGAAUGCCUCAUAUCAAUGUUAUGCCUCAUUCUGCGUUUGCCAUGGGUGGUAGUGGUCAUGUGUCAAUGCCUGGCUAUGGUGGAUUUGGUUUUCCAAUGAAUAAUAGAAUGCAUGGUGCUGGCUUUAUGCCACACGCUGGUUUUAUGUCACACGGUGGUUUCUUUCCACAUAAUGGUUUUAUGUCACAUGGUAAUUCCAUGCCCCAGAAUGACGUAAUGCCCCAGAAUGACGCCAUGCCUCAGAAUAACGUCAUGCCUCAGAAUGACGUAAUGCCCCAGAAUGACGUAAUGCCUCAGAAUGACAUCAUGCCUCAAAACGACGUAUUGCCUGAAAAUGACGCAAUUAAUCAGAACGAAAUCAUGCCUCAUGAUCAUGCUAUGCCCCAAAAUGAUAUAAUGCGACCAUUUGCCAAUGACGUUGGGCAUAAUAUACCUUCAAAUAUUAUACAAGGCUCAGAAGACAUAUUACAUCAUGGGGAUAUCGCGAGUGCAGGUAACCCGGGCGAGGAAAGUACAGACUCGAGCACAAAAAAAAAUAUUGCUGAAGAUUUACCAAUGAACGACAAGGAAGAGAAUGAUGUCACUGACGAUAUGAAGAGUGACGUCACAAGCGACGCUUUAAGGAGUGAAGAUGGGAAAAGCGAACAUACGACAAACGAAUAUCUGUCAACUGGGCCUGGCAACAACAUUUUUCAAAAUGGAUUCUCACAUGCUGGAUUUUCGCAUGGCUUUCAGCACGGCAAUGGCUUGGUUCAUGGCAGUGGAUUAUUUCAUGCUAAUGGGUUUGGUUAUGGCAAUGGGAAUUCUAACGGAUUUUCUGGUCCAUUUAUUCAUGGUUCUGAAGGAUUCCUACAUCAUGGUGAUCUAGCCUAUCCUACACAUUUUGACUCAGGUGCUUUUCACCUUCAUGAACCACCAAGUCCUCUGUUACAUCAACAUGGUGUUCAUGGACACCUUGCUUAUCCCACGCACUUCGACUCAGGGGCAUAUCAUCUUCAUGAACCUGGGGAUCCACUUCUUCUUCCACCCCACCAUCCAUUUGGACCCCUCCCUGAUCCAGGAUUUAUUGAUUCUCAUUUUGUUGCGCCAACUACAAACCAAAACCAUCAAUUGCUGGUUGAACAUGGACCAUACAUCACUCCUGGUCAUAUAGAUGCACCAACGGUACCAAUACACAUGAGUGAUCUACCACCAUUAUUCCCAACAAAACCUCAUCACGGUCACCCAUUUUUACCGCCAGGUCACAUUGAUUCAAAAUAUGUACCAAAAUAUCUCAGUGAUCACCCACCUUUAAUACCCGAGGGGAGGAACGGUGGUCCUUAUCUUGCACCUGGGCAUAUUGAUCCGGGAAUGGUACCACAUUAUGCAAAUGAUAAACCACCUCUUAUACCUGACACAUUUGUUCAUGGUUCAGCAUUAUUACCCCCGGGUCAUAUUGAUAGCCCUCUGGUGCCAAAAUACGAGGGUGAUAGGGCACCUAUAUUCCCUACUCACGGAGGGCCACUCUUACCCCCAGGUCAUAUAGACAGUCCGCUAGUUCAGUAUCAUACUCAUGAUAUACCACCAAUUAUUCCACCAUUACACCAUAUUGGUGGGGGACUUAUUCCGCCAGGACAUAUAGACUCCUCAAUGAUGCCUCAUGAUGACAGAGAUAGACCUCCGUUAAUGAAUGGACUAAUUCACUCAGGACUAGCUCUACCACCCGGUCAUAUUGAUCCACCAGCGGUUUUCCAUCAUGGCAAUGAAGGAUUAGCAAGCUUUCCAUUUGCAGGUGGUCAUGGCCCAGGGCAUUUCUGGGGCAUGGGACACGGGCCAGGGUGGGUACAUGGUUAUAGCCAUGGCCCAGGGUUUGUACACGGUCUGGGCCAUAUACCUCAUAUGCCUCUGGGAUUUGGUCCUAUAUUACCGCAUCACCCUCAUCAUCCUAUAUUACCACAUCCACCACACUGGCAUUUACCACCCCUUAUUCCUGUUCUGAUCCAUAACACUCCAAAACCUAAAGCCCCACCCCCUAAGCCUGCACCGCCGCCACCUAUACCUCCCCCUCCUAUGCGUCCACCGAUUCCCCCACCCCCAGGUAAUCUUCCUGUUCCACCUGCUUAUCCACCCAAGUUUCGAAGACCUAGUGCAGGAUUAUCUUAUGGCUCUCCGGCUCCUAAUCUUCCAUUGCGUGCAGUUUCGCGCCCGCCUCUAGCAGUCGUGGGAUCAGCAAAAAAAGGAAAAGUCUUAGCGGCGAAGAAACUAAUUAAGAAAAACACGCUCGUGAAAAACAAGAAUGGUUUAAAUAUAAAAACAGGACAGAAAGAACGCAAACGACAACACAUCUUGCUGUCAAAUGAAGCCGAAAAUAUGCAGGAAAAGAAACGUUAUAAAAUAAAAUUACACAAACUAAGGAAGGAGAGGAGAAAAAAAAUAAGGAUUAAUGUAAACAAAAUAGCAGCGAAAAAGAAAAGAAAUUAUCCAAAACUAAACAAACUUUACAAGCAAACGAAACGACAUAUGACAAGAGCAAAAAUAUGGCUGACCAAGAAAAACGGAUCUAAAUCCCUAAAAUUAAAUCAAGUCAAGCACUUUCAGCAACAAAACCAAGACGAGAAACUUAAGAAUAGUAAGCUUGAAAAAAUAUCAUAACAUAAAUUAACUUAAGAAGUUAUAUAGUCAGGUUUUUGCUGUUAUUAAUGUAUCUAGUUUUUUUAUCAUAUCUCACGCAUGAACGAUAAAAAAUCAGGUAAAAUGCAGGUACACCUGACUCAAUCACAUUAUAAAUUUGGCCUAAUUAAACGUCAAAAUGUAGAAAUAGUAGUGAUAAAAUGUAAAUACUUGUUUCUAAAAACACGGCAUAGU